AUGCUUGUAUUAGAUCCAUUUAAACGGACAGAUGCAAAUAAUGCUCUUUCUAAUCAUUAUUUUGAUAUUUAUCGUGGUUACUUAAGUGCUAAUUUACUUGCUAAACCUGAAAAGAUUUAUGAUUUUCAAGCAGAAAUUAAAACAUUACAAACAAAUGGAAAUAAUUUAGAUAAAUGGAAAGAAAUUGUUCUCACAAAAGUUAAUGCAUUCAAAAAGUCUUGUUUACCUCAUUAA